AUGAGUGAGUGGUUUAAGGCUCUACCGAGUGGAGUUGGCACAUUGAAUGGACGUGAAUCAGCUCAUGUAAUGCUUAUUUGGAGACUUCCGCCAGAGAUCGGUGAAUGGAGCAAAGUGAAACCAGCAACGUUCCUUCUGAUGGCUGAUUAUGAAGACGACGGCAAAAAUGACAGUCUGAAACAUAUUACUCAGAAAAUGAUUGGUGAGGUAGCGAUUGAUAAAGAAUGUGAUCUACAAAAUCCACCCUCUGAAGAAUAUACGUUCGGAAUUGGAUCUGGUAUCAAGAAAGUUGGUGAAACAACACAAACAGCGACUGAACAGUCUCCUUCGAGAGUUUCCAGUCCAGUUGUUGCUCAAGAGCAAAAAGCUGAUGCUAGGUAA